GCCUCCAUCCUCCUCUGUCUUCUGCUGGGACAGCAUUACAGAGUUGAUAAUGUCCUAAAUGUCCUACUCAGCUCUACCUGUAAAGAUCCCUUUCCCAUGGUGUUUCUUGAAUCUCCUUCACGUAAGGAUUGUCUCCUGGUCCUGUGUACAGGUCUUGGAUAUAAAAUGACACAAAAAAAAACUAUUCACACAUGAAAAAGUGGACAUUAUCGCCGUGAUUAUUAUUUGUACAUCAGAGGAAAGUUGUGUUCAGAGUCCUUAUCAGCUGUCGACUGACAUUGAGUUUUGCUACUUAUUAAGGAAAAAAAUGAACCUAUCGACUCAAAACAUGACCUCUUCCUUCUACUACACAGAUUUCAUCCUCUUUGCUUUUCCGGGGGUCACAAGGUUUCGCCCCCUACUGGCUCUUCCGUUCUCUUCCAUUUACACAAUAAUACUGUUGGGUAAUUCCACAGUAAUGACCAUCAUUGUACUGGAGAGAAAUCUCCACUCUCCCAUGUACGUCCUCAUCUGGACUUUGCUGGCAAUCAAUGUCCUCUACACCACGGCCAUAACCCCUAAGAUGAUCCUGGCCCUGGUGGGACUCAACCAGAUCUCUCUUUCGGGGUGUUUGAUGCAAAUGUUCAUUGUCUAUUCGAACAUCAUGGCCGAGUCCGUUGUGGUCCUACUAAUGGCCAUAGACCGAUAUCUGGCGAUCACAUGGCCCUUACACUAUCAGGAAGUCAUAUUCAAGCACUUACUGGCCCACUCCACCGUGAACAUGGUGGUCCGCAUUUGUUGUGCGGUGUUCCCUCUUGUCAUUGUGGCUGCCAGGCUUCAGUAUUGUAAAUCCAACGUCAUCCAUCAUUUUCACUGUGAGAGCUUUGUGCUCAUCAAGCUUGCUUGUGACGACCAUACCAUGGCCCCUAUUAUAGGACUGCUUAUAAGGACUCUGAUCACCGCCUUUGACAUCACCAUCAUUUUUCUUUCUUACCUAAAAAUUGUUUACAUGGCCAUGAAGAUCGCGGUGGGGCCGGCCCGGCACAAGGCCCUGCACACCUGUGCCACCCACCUGGCGGUGGUUGUUCUCAUGUACUCCUCUGGGAUCUUGUCCGUCAUCUUGUAUUUUCCUGGACUCUCCACCUCUUACACUGGACAGAACAUCGCCAGUGCCGUUUACUUCCUGACCCCGGCGAUUGUGAACCCAUUUAUCUAUGGACUGAGGAUGAUGGAGAUUAAGACCAGUCUGGUGAGAUUCUGGAAGAACAAGAAGGAGGACAAUGCUCUCCAACAUAUUAAAGACUGUCACUAAGGAGACCUGUCACUAAAGAGACCUGUCACUGUCACUAAGGAGACCUGUCACUAAGGAGAACUGUCACUGUCACUAAAGAGACCUGUCACUGUCACUAAGGAGAUCUGUCACUAAGGAGACCUGUCACUAAGGAGACCUGUCACUAAAGAGACCUGUCACUGUCACUAAGGAGACCUGUCACUAAGGAGAACUGUCACUGUCACUAAAGAGACCUGUCACUAAGGAGACCUGUAACUAAGGAGACCUGUCACUAAGGAGAUCUGUCACUAAGAAGACCUGUCACUGUCACUAAGGAGACCUGUCACUAAGGAGAUCUGCCACUUAAGAGACCUGUCACUGUCACUAAGGAGAACUGUAACUAAGGAGACCUGUCACUAUGGAGAGCUGUCACUGAGGAGACCUGUCACUGUAACUAAGGAGAACUGUCACUGUAACUAAGGAGAGCUGUCACUAAGGAGACCUGUCACUGUAACUAAGGAGAGCUGUCACUGUCACUAUGGAGACCAUACAAACAAUGACCCUCAUACAUCCCCAUAUACGGAAAAAGUUUAGAGUUAUUAAGAUUUUAAGUGUAGUGAUUUUGUUAAAGAAGUACAAUAAUCGAAAAACUAUAAAUUAUAGAAAUAUAAAAAUAUAAAUUGGGGAUCGCUGUCAUUGCACUUAGCUACAGAAUAAAGAGAACGCGUCAGAUUUACCAUAAAGUGCGCUGCAUAAAAACAAACUCCCCCAAAAUUUAUAAAAUUUUGAUUUUCUUUAGAAUUUUCGUACAC